UUCCAUUGCUUGCACAACUCCGCUUACCGUUAACCAUAAGCUUAAUGUGCCCACUGCACACAGCGGGCGUAGUUUGUUGCUGCCGUAAGUAUCAUCGCGUUUAGCGGCCCGUUGCCAAUCGGUCUCGGUAGUUUUUCGUCCUGCUACAGCACAACCACAGCAUCAUUAGCAGCAUCUGUCUCAGUCGCAGCAUAAGCGCGGCUGUCCACUCGCCAGCAUAAUCAUUCUCCAGCUUCACUCGAGCUGCGCUUCGAAAGCGGCCAUCGCAGUACUCGCAGCAGCAGCAGCAGCAGAACGGGCAGAACACACUGGAGUAGCAACAGUAGUAGCAGCAGUAGUCCCCGAAUCCAGCUAAUAGUUACAGACGAAACAAAGAAGCUGUCGGCGAUCCCAUCGAGGAGUAACAACAUUGUAUAGCAUUGAACGAGGGCAAUGAGGCGAGCAGCUGGCUGGCACCACUUGACUAGGGCUGACGCUGUUGUUCUAAGAAGAAGCAGAAUUUCGUUGCUCAUCUAUUAGUCUACCGUAUAGCUUGCUGUGUUUGAGGUAAACGCAACAAAAGGAGGAUUUCAUGUGGUUCGUGCCUGUCACCAGUGUUUUAUCUACUGUAACCAGCCAGUAGCACAGGGAUAGUUCCUGGCAACUUCGUGACAGGACUGCCUGUAAGUAUCAGGUAAAGUGUGACCAGCGGCAAAGGGUGAUUGUUAGUAUUGGCUGCGAAUCACGACUGAAUGCGAAAAUCGACAGCAGCAGUAUCAGAGCAGAUUACAACAUAUUACCCAUUGCAGAAACUGUGAAACCUGCAAUAGCUUUGCUGGAAUCCACCUGUGUGCAGAGAAAGAAUACAAGUGUAAAAUUGUUGCCCCUUAAGGGUAAACCACCGGCAGUCAGCUGCUUUUAGCGGCCUCGAGAGGCAGUUACGUCUCUAGACCCUGUCACAAAGGAAAAACAAUAGUUUGUACUUACGGGGGUGCUAAGGCCAGUAUUCGCUUGGUACAUAGUUUACUACGUAUACAGGCAGACUGGUAGUUAAUAAUGCCCGGAAUGGACUACAGUUCGAGUUCGAUCAAGGGGAAACGGCAACAACCGAAUCGUAGUAGGGCAAGAUCAGUGCUUUGUUACGUAUUAAAUCUGAUGCCGAUUUCACAUAUGUCCACAUGUGAAUGAACGGCUGUAAUGUCUAGCGACGAUAUUUGGCUCUGUGCCUGCUGGAAUAUAUGUGCCGCACCAAAGGCACAGGAGGACCGGGUAUACCUAGCCAAUUGAAGGGGGUACGUCGAGGACAAACUGACCACAAGCGAUAAAAUCAACGGAGAAGCAAACCCGAUAAUUAAAUAAAACAGAAAAGCAAUUCCAUAGGUAUACUAUAGGAAAAGCAAUGCGUAAUACGUUAUACUCCCAGAACGCGCGGAAGAGAGAGCCAACACAAAAAAUGACGGUAUUACCAAACCGACCACGGCAUCAGCAGUGAAACAAUUGCAGUUACGCUAUUUUGGGUGCUCGUUACAGAAAGCGUUGAAACACGGGCGGCUAACGAGGGGUCGCUUGCAUCAUCUGCUGCAUCGUAGAGAUGGUUCCGACGAAAGCGUAGCUUGUCUAUUUUCGUGCGAACGCCCUAUACGAACGUAUUAAUCCCGCCACAAACGGAAGAGCAUGCUUGGCUGAAAGCUGGCAGCGGUAGGCAUGGAGGCCAUUGGCGAUUACGAAUAUUCUACCAAGGAUCUCAUUGGUCAUGGGGCGUUUGCCGUGGUUUAUAAGGGUCGUCGCAGGGCAGAGCCCGAAAUAGCUGUCGCGGUAAAGAGCAUUACCAAGAAGAAUGUCUCGAAAAGCUCGGCCAACUUGCUCGGCAAAGAGAUCAAGAUCCUCAAGGAGCUAUCGCAGUUACAGCAUGAAAAUGUAGUUGCUUUACUCGACUGCAAGGAGACGCCGAGGUUUUUCUAUCUUGUUAUGGAGUAUUGUAAUGGUGGAGAUCUCGCCGACUAUCUCCAUACAAAAGGGACUUUGUCGGAAAAUACAAUCCGAUUGUUCCUAAAGCAGAUCGCUGGGGCAAUGAAAGCCCUCUUUGCUAAGGGAAUAGUCCAUCGUGAUUUGAAACCUCAGAAUAUUCUGCUUUGUCAUGAUAAACAGAAUCCAACGCCGGCUGACAUUACACUCAAGAUUGCGGAUUUCGGGUUCGCUCGAUUUCUUCAGGAUGGCGUCAUGGCAGCCACACUAUGCGGUUCACCGAUGUACAUGGCCCCCGAGGUCAUAAUGUCCCUACAAUACGAUGCCAAGGCUGACCUCUGGUCCAUCGGUACUAUAGUAUUCCAGUGCCUCACGGGUUCAGCUCCUUUUCGGGCCCAGAGUCCCCAGGCCCUGAAGCAUUUCUACGAGAAAAGUCCGAGCCUAUCGCCCAAAAUUCCGCAGGGUACUUCGCCUGAGCUUGCCGCCCUGUUGCAGGGUCUGUUGAAACGGAACGCCAAGGAUCGAAUCGAUUUUGACACGUUCUUUUUACACCCGUUCUUGACGGUGUCAUCGAAGCAGCCGGGUUCGAGUCCUGUGCCUGUUCCACGACGCGGAAGCUGUUCUAAUUCGCCACUUGUUUCACCCUAUGGUACACCACUACUUCCAUCGUCGCCCUCUUCCGGAGGCCACUGGGGUACACCGGGGUUACCUAUGAAUGUCUACCCGAAACUCAGCCAAACAAAACAGUCGAUGGUCUCGUCACCCGAAGAACAGGACUAUGUGCUGGUGGAGAACGAACUCUGCACCGACCAGUGGCCACAACAGCAAACACCUCCCCGGUCAACGGGAACCCCUCCGCGUACUCAACCGAUCCCUGUGCCUUCGAGGAGCCUCCGUCUACGAAAGUUCAAUGCGGAGAUGAACGACGAAAAACGAGGCUCAAUAGCUGCUUCGCCGAGCCAGUCCAAUUCAAAUCUUCCGCGCGGCACUCCCGAUGUCGAGAAGCUCACACCACCGAGCGCAAACUUCAUGAUGAAUAGUCCCUGCGGAGCAUCUCCUCCAUACGGUCCGGGAUCAGCUGUAAGACAAGCGUUCGCGUCUUCACCUAUUCGGAUUGUCGGUCACCACCACGGAUCAUCAGCCGGAGGCCAUCCGCUUGGUGCUCGCGCUAUGACCCUGCCGGAGUUAGCCAGCGAAACAGGCGCUGGAGGUACAGGAAGUGCUCCGGGUAGCACAAGUAGCGGAUCCGUGCCUAGCUCGGAUCGCAGCCUGCAGAGAUCGGGGUCAGUGAACACUCUGUUCACGCUAUCGCCCAGUGCAUUAAUACAGGUGGCACAGAAACGCUACAACGAUUCAGUAUUUGAAGGCUCACCACCCUCGGCAAACGACCUUCAGUUAUUUGUCGCUCCGGAGUUGCCUCCGGAGACAAUUCUGGAUCGAGCACAUAACGAGACGCUGGCAAAGCUGAACUUUGUGCACGCCCUUGUCGUCUGCAUCCUUGAGCUAGCAAAAAGUCGAGCUGCCGGGGAACUGGCACAUCAUAUCGAGCCAAUGGUUGCCAAUCAAACUGAUGUGAGGGUUGUGUCACAGCAGGGCAACGGUCAACCUAUCGACAGAGAUGAACCCGCUAGCCAGCUAAUGGGACGGGGCUGUAGCCUUGAGUCGUACCGACAGGCUGAACAAUUGGUACUUCACUUACGGGCAGUCCACCUAUUAUCAUCGGCUCUGCAGUUGGCCAAGCGGCGAAUUCUCGACGGGAGUCUACAAUUGUCCCCAACAGUGAAAGACCUUUUACGACAGAUGAGGCAGAAACUACAGCAGGGCGUCCAGCAGUGCACUGCUUUAAGUGACGCGGCAGGCGGUCUUACGAGACGGGCUCUUACCGAUCCUCAGGUAUUCCAGAACUUGUCGGCAGACCGACUGUUGUACAAUCACGCUAUUGAAAUGUGUCAGAGUGCGGCUUUAGAAGAGUUGUUUGGCUCACCCCAUGAGAGCUUUAAGAGGUAUCAGACGGCUCAGAUUCUUCUACACUGUUUAGCCCAGCAGGUAGAAAAGGAAGAAGACAAACUGUUGCUCUCAAAGUAUAAAACCGCAGUAGAACGGCGGCUCACAAAUCUGCAAUUAAGUGGACCAGACGUCUCAGCGAGCCCACCAGGACCGGGUUCAUACAGAAACUCGAUGGGUGCCGCGGGGACGUUCGCGCAGCCACAACCUUCAACUGUCGAAACAGCAGGGGCUGCCGAACAUUAGUGGAGUCACGAUAUAGGCACAUCUCCACAUAGCAAAUCACGCUCUUUGUCGAUCUGAAUUAGGGCGAACAAGGGCGUUCGCCCCGCGUAACUUGUCAUCGCUGCGGGCACUACAAUAAAACUUGUCCACUCUCAACUGAAUACGAUUCACUGAGCGUGCUGCAUACACUUCACGAUUUCGCCGACUUCGUACGAUCGCUGCAUACGUGAAAAGCAGUAAAACAACGAACACGAAUUAUCGUUGAGAACGAUAAAUCUCACCAGCUCAUUUAUGGGUAAAUUCCUAAUGCUCGAUGUUAAACGUAAAUUUGUCAUUCUGCAAUCACGAAUUGUCUAUUUGGCCGAAUCUAAUGUCACGUGAUGGCAAUUCAGGACACUUUUCUCAAAAUAAGGAUCGAGUGCUCGUGUAAAAUUGUUUAUGUAGGCAGCGAAAAAAAAGUUUGUCUCCAAGGGUUGAAUGUAAAGAUGAUUACCAAAAUGAUGAAAACCUUUACAAAGCUUAAAACUGUUUUGCUUUGUUCAAUCCUUCGUGUGCUUCGUCUUGCUGCAAAACUUGAGUUCUGAUGAUACGCCGUGGCAUCCUCUCUUUGUUGACCUGUAGAUCAUCCCUGUCUGCCUUUUCCAGAUAGGAAGCUUGAGAGGUCGUCCAUUCUGCACCCUAGAGGAAACAGUGACCGGUACGCAAACAGCUUACCAUGAUCCUACUGCUUCCCGAAGCGGAAGAACAGAUUAAGACUAAGACAGACAUGGAGAGAGCUUUCCAAAUGCUGCUUAAUGAAGGUUUAAUUUAGAGAAUAGGGGUAUGGUGAAACUGGUUAAGUGAAGGUCAUUAGUGUGAUGCUUCAAAUUCGAACCAUAUAUAUGAGAGGAAACUAAUUUAGAAAUGGAAAUGGUCUGAAGCCGAAACUAGAACUGUAUAUAAACACACACACGCAAUAUAUAUAUAAAGUAAGUUAAGCGGAAGGACUGGUAAUAUUAUGAAUAUAAUUGUAAUUAUAACUAUAUAUAACAAUUACCGUGAUUAUAAUAGUGGUGUUGAAAAUAGGUGCGGUGCUAUAGCGCCUAAGUGAAGCAGAUUGAUGGAAAUUCAGUGAGGUGCGAAAGAACCUGAGAUCUAACAUCACUAUAUCUAUCACGAUGACAACAAGCUGAGGUCCAGCUUAUGUAAGGCCCCUUUUUACUUCAAUGUCAGAUAAAGCUCAUUGUUACAUUUUCAGUUGCACCGUCAUGACAAGUCUCUUUUUCUGUUUUAAACUAGCCAGAUCGAUGAUCGCAAAGAAGAUUCAGUGUGCAGGAAAACCUAUCUCUGAUUGCUAUGUAAUAAAUGAAAUAAUAACAAUAACCUUGACGAGAUAAACACCCUGUUAUCAUCAUCAUUUUUACGACAAUAAGAAGGCCAUAAGAAAGUCCAUCGCAGAACAAUAAGUAGUCACCGUCAGCGCCGGCAGUGAUGACCAGGUUACGCAAGCUAGCCAGCAAAUUAACUGUGCAUUGACAUAAAAAUCGGAGAUAGAUUUCAUGUUGUCAUUUAUUUUAUGUUGACAAGAGCGCUAAUUGAAGUGAUGGAAAACGCCAUCGUCUGCCUGCGCACGAGAAAGGGGCUUCGCGAAGCGAUGAGUCAGUCAGACCCUUGUACGGACCUAGACAUACCAAAUUCGCAACAGAGUGCGCCUAUAAGUAAACAAGCCUAUGUGUUGGAUUAAUGCGCUGUCGUUUGUCGUUGUAUUUCAAGAGGCUAUUGUUUUAAGCUCAGCUUUUGAUGAGGUGUAAUGGGUUAAUCAGUUGAUCUGAAGCCCGCUUUAUAUAUGUAUCUGGUGCUGGAUCGAUUACUGCGUUUUGUGUUGGCAUUACGGAGUGAGCGCUACUGAUUCGAUGAUACGAGCGCUUUUUGGCUGGAAAACGACUGGUGACAUGGCUUUGAUAUGAGGAUCAUAAAGCAAUUUGGAUGACAAAACAAAAUGUAGAUUACCAAUAAUAUCAAUAUACAUAAUGGAUCAAGUGAAGCUUGCGCAAGAUAACAGGCGAUUAUUAAACCGGCGAAAACAAUUAGAAAGCUUGUUGUAAAUUGAUUUUUAACAGUGGCGACCACGACGCCACGAGACCGAGCGUGACGAAUCUGUGAAGAUUUUAGAUGAAGGUCUCUAUAUGUAUAGAACAAUGGGAAACGUUCAAACGUACCGAAAUUACAUAGAAAUGAACUGAAGGUAAUCUUCGCGUACGUUUCACCCCAUAACGGUUAGCUUCUAUUACUAAUCACUGGCACGGACAGUAAGAAUAAAAUGGUGUAUUUAUUUAGCUUUCCGUCCCACUCUACAUUCAGAUGAAAGGAUGACUAUAUGCUUAUGACCUUCUCGUGCACACGAAAAUUUCCGCAGCCAUUUUGAACGUGAGUUUCGCUAGGAACAAACUAUGUGACAAGUAAUUCCUCAGGGGAAAUCGGUUUAGUUCGUAGCUUCCUAGUUCGAGGAGACAACAAAAACGAACACAAAUUAUAUCUAGUGGAAUUACGGCGAGAUGUGCAUUAAGGACAAAGACAGGAUUUUUGAGGCAACCUACGAAAAGAGAAACAGAAUAGGAAUUGUGUUAGACACCGCCAGCAAACGCCAAAACCAGCAGAAAGCAUACCCGUUUAUAUAUAUAUAUAUAUAUAUAUAUAUAUAUAUAUAUAUAUAUAUAUAAAGAUGAAAAGGAUUGUCUUAAGAACAUAGAAAAGAUUAUUAUUCUAGAAUGCACUAAAAAUUAACGCUAAGCCCGCCUCGUCGCGUCAUGGAACGUGAGGAGUCGAAAAAAAUAUUGUCACCGAAAAAGGGCGCGAAAGGUUUUUUCAGCGCUAAAAAUGCUUUCUAGUGUACAAGCCUAUAUAUAUACUCUGUUGAUGACAGUGCUGAUGAAAGCAGUGAGAGAUGGCAUAGUGAAGAGAAAUGGGUCGCAUAGAGCGAAAAGUUUCAAAAUAGUGCUGGCCCUAAAAAAACGGCAAAGCUAAUAUAGGCCAACGAAAGUAGAACGAAGUACGGGAACAAGAAAAAGAUGAAGUAGAACUAAAUAGUUUACGAUGAAGACCUAAACAAUUACUCCGACUCUAAGCAGAAAACAAAGAAUAGAGUCCCCGACGCAGUCAGCGGCGAAAUACUGCAUGGUGUAUCGACAACAAAUGAAUAAUAAAAUGUAUGUGCUGUAUUGUUAUGAAGUA